AUGUCGCCACCCAAUGAUCCCAAAGUCAUGGAGGGUCACGGUAUCUCCCUGUCUGACGAGCUCAUACCGUAUUGCCGCGAGCUGUACGAGCAGUUCCAGCCGAAGACGCAUGUGCUUGAAGUCCUGGAAGAGCGCGAAUACCGCAUCGAUACUGGCAAAGCUAUGACUGCAGGCACGACCGAGCAAAGUGUCGUUGAGGGCAGCGUGGAGGUUGUCAAUGCUGCCAGCUCGGACGAUGAUUCAUGCCGGCACCGACAACAGCCCACACGAAGCAUCCUCUCCCUCCGCGUCCACCUGCUCAGGUGCCCGAAGCCAAGCAGAAGGGUCGCGCGAACACGAAUGUCGCCGCCAAAGUACCACAGGAGAAGAAGACCUCAAGUCAGAAGUCGGCCGACUCCCUCCAGGCUCCACCGCCUACUUCAGGACCGAAGCACCCCAAAGACGUUAUCAGCUCCAAGUGGCUCCGCUGCUGCCAAGAAGCCCGAGUGCAAACCUUGUGUAGACGACUGGAAAUACAAGCACUGCGAGCACUGGAACAAGCUGUACCACGAGAAGUGCCGCACGCGAGACAAAGACACCGACAGAGACUGCAAAGGCAGGCGCAGCUGGAAAGACGACGUUCUCUGCGUGCAAGAAGACGAUGGCAAGCGCUACCACAACAUGAUGGGUAAGUAUAAGGGAGACUGGUACUGUGGAGAGCGCGAGCUCUGGAACUUCGCCAGCAGAAGCAUGUGCCACGCUUGCACGACUACAUCCGAUGAGGCCGAGUAUGUCAUGGGUGAUGACGACGCUCUCAAGGAUGCACCGCCUCCUCCACCGUCUCCUGAGCAUAGGAGCGAUGCGCAGAAGAAGGUGAUCUUCGAUGUCAAUGGACGCUUCAUUACACCAAGGAAGAAGAAGUGGUGA